AUGUCACGCCUAAACAAACACCAUCAGUCAUGCCGUGAGCUUCACGUUGUCGUGCUUGGCGCUGGAGGUGUUGGGAAGAGCUGUUUAACAGCUCAAUUCGUUCACAAUGAGUGGAUCGAGAGCUACGAUCCUACUAUCGAAGAUACCUACCGGACACAACUCCAGGUUGAUGGACGCCAAGUUGUCUUGGAAAUCCUUGACACUGCAGGCACAGAGCAAUUUGUUGCCAUGCGUGACCUAUACAUGAAGUCCGGUCAGGGCUUUAUUUUGGUGUUUAGCAUCACCUCAUCUUCGUCAAUGAAUGAGAUUGAGAUGCUGCGUGAGGAAAUAACUCGCAUCAAGGAUGAUGACAAUGUUCCCAUCGUCAUCGUUGGCAACAAGGCCGACUUGGAAGAGCAGCGGUCUGUGCCCAGACAAAGGGCCUUUGCCUGUUCCCAAAUGUGGGAUGCGCCCUACUAUGAGACAAGUGCCAGGACCCGGACCAACGUCGAUGCCGUGUUCAUAGAUAUCUGCCGCCAACUGCUCAUGAAGGAUGAGAAGUUUCAAAGCCAGGUCGCUCAAGACGACGACGAGCACGAGUACGAGAAAACCCCUGGUCUCAUGGGAUUCGCCAAGCGGAAAAAUCGAAGACGGAGACGGCCCGACGGUCACCGAUGCGUAAUCUUGUGA